AGUCCACUUCGUAAAAGCAAAAGAGGUUUCUUGAGGGAAGGGAAACAGAAGUCGAAACCUAGAUCCAUUUAUUCAAUCUUCAAAUACCCGGAAAGAUAUAUGAACUUGAUGGAUUCGACUCAUUCCAACCCCAUGCCGCUGUGCUCUCAAGCAGACUCCCAGAGGACUCUGUACCCGUAUGUUACUGGAACAUCUGUGAUUGCCGUUAAGUACAAAGAUGGAAUCCUUAUGGCUGCUGAUAUGGGAGGUUCUUAUGGGUCUACCCUUCGUUACAAGAGUGUGGAGCGAAUGAAGCCUAUUGGAAAGCACUCUCUUCUUGGAGCAAGUGGAGAAAUAAGUGAUUUCCAGGAGAUUUUACGCUAUCUUGAUGAACUUAUCUUGUAUGACAAUAUGUGGGAUGAUGGGAACUCUUUGGGGCCUAAGGAGGUGCACAGCUACUUAACUCGGGUGAUGUACAAUAGGCGCAAUAAGUUCAAUCCUCUGUGGAACUCACUUGUCCUUGGUGGUGUAAAAAAUGGACAGAAAUAUCUUGGCACGGUUAGUAUGAUUGGUGUACAUUUUGAGGACAAUCAUGUGGCAACUGGAUUUGGAAAUCACCUUGCACGACCAAUUCUUCGUGAUGAGUGGCAUGAAGACUUGAGUUUUGAAGAUGGUGUUAAGUUACUGGAGAAGUGCAUGCGUGUACUCCUGUAUCGAGAUAGGUCUGCUGUCAACAAGCUUCAGAUAGCAAAAAUAACAGAAGAAGGUGUAACCAUUUCUCAGCCUUACUCCUUGAAGACUUUCUGGGGAUUCUCUGCUUUCCAGAAUCCAACUGUGGGUGCUGAAGGAUCUUGGUAGGCAGCCAGCUGCAUAGCUUCUUAAGAUUCAGAUCUUCCAGUAACAGAUGUCGGUUAAGAUACAUGAAGCUGCCAAGUAUGGGCUAAAUUUGAAAGUUGAUUUGUCUUUAUGUUUUGGAAGGCAAAUGUUAUGGUUUGUUGAACUCAUCUGUAUGUUUACUGCUAAAUAGUUUUGAAGAUGGGCUGUUGGAUUAUUAGAACAAGAGAUUCCUUGAAAUCAUUAAACUUUGCUUAUCAUUAUAUUUGGCCUUUUUUGUUUGAAA